AUGACCCUGUUCUGGUUCACAGAUCUCCAGGCUAAAAGUGUCAGUUCACCAGAUGAAGACUCAGUCAGACUGGUGGAUGGGACCACUUCCUGUUCUGGGACAGUGGAAGUCUUCUACAGAGGAGAGUGGACAGCUGAUGAUGUGAGGCUGGUGGGAGGAGGCAGUCGCUGUGCUGGUGGAGUGGAGUGGUACUACCAGGGAGAGUGGAGGAUUGUGGGAGCUGAGGACUGGCAUGUAGCUGCAGUAGUGUGUAGACAGCUGGGUUGUGGUUCCACUGAUUCAGAACUACUUGGAAACACCAAUAGAGGGUUUUUAGUUUACUGUUCUGGGUCUGAGUCUUCACUGAGGGAGUGUUCCAGAAGUUAUGAUCUCCAUCCUGGACUCACAGUGAUCUGCUCAGAUCUCCUGGUCCAGCCUGAUAUCUUCCUGACUGACCCAAUGGGAGGGGUCUUCAGGGGCCACCAGGGGCCUGAGAUGUUCAGGGGCUACAACUUCACCAUCACCUGCUCCACUCAGCCACAGUACCCAGGAGGCUCCUUCCUCCUCACGUUCACUGGCUCCAACAGAACCAGACCCAGCCAGCUGUCAAUCACUCUGCUGCCUUCCUCUUCCCUGCUGCAGAUGACUCCCACCAAGGGAACUACAGCUGUGUUUAUGACAAUUAUGUUUUCU